CUUUGUUGGAUCAUUUGUUCUGUUUUGCUUUGUUCUGUUCAGUUCUGUCUUGCCCUGUUCUGUCUUGACCACCACAAGAUUAAAGAAGGAUUUUGUCUACCCUGCAAUCUCUGCAUGCCGGUGUCUGCAUUUGCAUCCAUUCCUGCUACUCAUCCUGGCACUGACUGAUAAUGAAAGAUUGAAUGUGCUGAAACACAGAGCCUGAAGAACAAAAACUGUGUAACUGUCCAAAUACUUACUGCCUGGACUGUACAUGCAGCAGAGUGAGGAAGAGGAAGUGUCAGAUGUACAAAUGACAGGAAGAAGAUGCCUUACUUCACACAUUACUUUAGAGACUGCGACAGUUAAGAGAACCAGAGAUCGAUGAGAGAGAGAGAAGCAGGAUGGUUGAAUUCAGACGGAUUCAAAUGUUGUUUCUGAUACUGGUGCUUCAGUUUUCAGCAGACAUAACUGGACAAGAUUCCUCCUUCACUGUCAGAGAUGGAGAUGAAGUCACUUUGUCUUGUCAAAAUGUGAUGACUGAUCAGGAUAAAUGUAACAGUACUACCUGGCUCUUCAGUGCUUCAAGAAACACAACAGUAGAGCUGAUUAAACUUGGGCAGAUUGGUGAAAAAGCCAAAGCUAAAUCAGACAGACUGAGUGUUACAGAGAACUGUUCUCUGGUUAUAAAGAAGGUCACAGUUGAGGAUGCUGGUCGUUACACCUGCAGACAGUUCAAAUCAGGACAACAACAAGGUCCAGACUCUCAGGUUGAUCUGUCUGUUGUUACCAUGACUGAAUAUAAGAACAAUAAUGAGGUGACGUUAAGCUGCUCUGUGUUGAAACAUGGACAGUGUAGACACACAGUGAAGUGGGUGUAUCAGGGUAAAGAUGUGGACAAAGAAAACAAAGACUUGAAGACAUCACAGUCUACCUGUUCAGUCACUGUGUCCUUCCUGACUUCUCAUUUUAUUUGCACAUCAAAUCAUGAGUUACUGAAGUGUGAAGUCACAAAUCCCAACAAUGGAAAAGUGCAGCUGUAUAACAUCAGUCCUCAGUUGUCAUGUGAGAAACCAGGUGUGGCUGAAACAACAACAGAACCUGAAACAACAUCAACACCACAAGAAGAUGCAGACGCCAUAACAGCAACAACUGCAACCAAAGAUGCUACAAUUACACCACAAGAUUGUUCUGCUCUGAGCUACAUAAUGUUGGUGAUGCAUGUGGCUGAACUCCUCCUCAUCACUGUGAUUACUGUUCUUCUCUUCAGAGCUCGAGGGAACCAGAGACCACCUGAUGACAACAUUGAUUUAUAUUUUCUGGUCCAGCAGCCAGUCAGGAGCAGAAUGAUGAAGAUGAUGGUGCGGUGAACUAUGAAAACUUGGGAGAACCUUCUACUUCUGUCCACUGAUCAACGACUUCCACACCAACAUCAACUCACCAGAGAAAUGACUCCCUUGCUGUUAUAUCAUUAAUAUGGUCUCAGUUUUACAUGAGUAGUUGAAUUCUUUACAUAAAGAAAGAAUCAUAAGAUCA